AUGAGUCGCCAGGCCAGCUACACCCAACAAUCCUGCAGGUCUUCCAGUGGGGGCCGCCGCCAGGGCUUCAGUGGGCACUCAGCUGUGGCGUCAGGCCAGAGCCGGGUCACUUCCACCAUGUCCUCCUCAGCCUCCCGCUCAGGUGGGGGUGGUGGUGGAUCUGGUGCCUGUGCCUUGUUGGGAGGAGGCUUCGGCAGCAGGAGUCUCUACAGCCUCGGGGGGAAGAAGAAGAUCUCCAUCAGCAUGGCUGGAGGCAGCACCCGGGCUGGAGGGGGCUUUGGUGGAAGACCUGGGGGCUUUGGAGGGGGAGCUGGAGGCUUUGGAGGAGGAACUGGAGGCUUUGGUGGCCUUGGUGGCUUUGGUGGCCCUGGUGGCUUUGGUGGCCCUGGUAGCUUCCCUGGGGGAAUCCAGGAAGUGACUGUCAACCAGAGCCUCCUGCAGCCCCUCAAUGUGGAGAUCGACCCCCAGAUUGGGCAAGUAAAGGCCCAGGAACGGGAGCAGAUCAAGACCCUCAACAACAAGUUCGCCUCCUUCAUCGACAAGGUGCGGUUCCUGGAGCAGCAGAACAAGACCCUGGAGACCAAGUGGAGCCUCCUGCAGGAGCAGGGCUCUGGCUCUAACGCCACCAACCACAACCUGGAGCCUUUUUUUGAGAACUACAUCAGCAGCCUAAAGGCCUUUCUGGAUGGGCUGCCCGUUGAGAAGGACAAGCUCCUCGAGGAGCUGAGGAGCAUGGAGGAGAUGGCGGGGGACUUCAAGAAGAGAUACGGAGAGGAGGUCAACAAGUGCACGGCGGCAGAGAACGACUUUGCUGUCUUGAAGAAGGACACUGAUGCGGCCUACAUGACCAACGUGGAACUGGAGGCCAAGGUGGACCGUGUGACAGAUGAGGUCAACUUCCUGAAGGCCCUCUGCGAGGCUGAACUGUCCCAGAUGCAGUCAGACACAAGUGACACAUCUGUGGUUCUCUCCAUGGACAACAACCGCUGCCUGGACCUGGACAGCAUCAUCUCUGAGGUCCGUGCCCAGGAUGAGGCCAUUGCCCAGAGGAGCAAGGCUGAGGCCGAGGCCCUGUACCAGACCAAGUUGGGUGAGCUGCAGACCACGGCCGGCAGGCAUGGGGAUGACCUGAAGAGCACCAAGAGUGAGAUCUCGGAGCUCACCCGCUUGAUCCAGAGGCUGCGGGCAGAGAUCGAGAGCAUCAAGAAGCAGAAUGCCAACCUGCAGACAGCCAUCGCUGAUGCAGAGCAGCGUGGAGACGUGGCCCUCAAGGAUGCCAGGGCCAAGCUUCAGGACCUCAAGGCUGCCUUGCAGCAGGCCAAGGAGGACCUUGCCCGGCUGCUGAAGGAGUACCAGGAGGUGAUGGAUGUCAAGCUGGCACUGGACAUCGAGAUUGCCACCUACCGGACCCUCCUGGAGGGCGAGGAGUGCAGGAUGUCUGGGGAGUGCCAGAGUUCUGUGAGCAUCGAGAUGGUGCACAACACCAGCGGCAGUGGCGGCGGCGGCUCCAGCGGCGCCGGCUCCAGCGGCGCCCUGGGAGGAGGAGCUGGGGGUCGCGGAGGCCUGGGUAGCGGGGGUCUGGGCAGCGGGGGCCGCCGCCGCGGGGGCCUGGGCUCGGGUGGGGGUUCCGGAGGGGGCUCCGCGGUGCACCGGGGCUUCUCCAGUUCCGGGGGUUCGCGCGCCGUCAGCGGGGCAGCAGCAGCAGCAGCUCUGCGGGUCGCACAAAGCUCCUCCCAGAGCCAGCGGUCCCACCACAAAUUCUGA